AAAAAGAUUGGCGAAAAUUAGGCUUUUGUUGUGAAAACAGACCGGAAGUUCAACUGUGUACCGGAACACACACCAACGGUCGCGGUCAAGCGGAUGAAACGACUGAGAUGGCAGAUUUGUCGUUGUAUUUGACUAAUGUGAACGUUUCAUUGGGUCAAACUAUGGAAACCGAAAAGGCUGCAGGUGAUUUUGAGACGGUGGAGAUUAUGGAGACCACAGGGAGGCAGGGGAGGGUCAAAGUUCCUCGCAGGACCAUCCACUUUGCCAGUGGAGAGACCAUGGAGGAGUUCAGCACGGAUGAGGAGGAAGAGGAGGAGGAGCCUGUGAAACAAGAGGCCACCACCGUUGAUACGUCCAAACUGACCUGGGGUCCUUACUUUUGGUUCCACAUGUGGAGAAUGGCCACCUCCACCGUCUCAGUGUGUGACUACAUGGGAGAGAGACUCGCCUCUCUGUUUGGCAUCACCACUCCAAAGUACCAGUAUGCAAUAGAUGAGUACUACCACAUUAAGAAAGAGGAGGAGGAGGAGGAGGAGGAGAACCGUCUGUCUGAGGAGUCGGAGCGUCAGUUUUCGGGCGGUUGCCGCGGCGACGUGGACGCCCCCCCGACGGCGGGGGGGGCGGAGCCUGAAGGGGCGGCGGCCUCCUUCGUUAACAUCAGCUUUGAGCUGGAGCCCGAACCCUCCAACAGAGUCCCGUCCCCCUUACCUUCCUGA